AUGCCUGGCUUACUGGGAUCUGUGGACAUGCAAGGUGUAGGCAGUAGAUCAAACAACGACUUGUGCAGCACUUGCGCCGCUGUUGAUUAUCAAAAGCUAGUCUACGCACCUACGACGACACCUCGGCCAUAUCAUCCAUGGUUUAACACACCCCUCGGAAGCCUCAAAGACAUCAUCUCUCGAUCAGAAAAGUGCCCAGUAUGCGGUCUCAUGGUCGAUUCACUGAGAGAGCAGUACAGGAGAACGCCCAAAGAACACCUUGCAUAUACCUUUUAUACAGGCAGGCCCUUCCCUGAGAAUGAAAGGGAAGAGAUAGACUCGGAGGUUGAAAAAUAUGGCAUGCAGGUCACUGUGGAUGGCGAGGACAUCAUGUGCUCUAUUGAGCUUCAGUAUUUCUGCGAAGUUCGAGAAGACUUUGAGCACAUGAGAGUCCCCGAAAGGAAGGAUCGCGUGUUUGUUCAUCGGUUGCUGCUCGCGUUGGAGCCGAAUCCUUAUGGUACUCUCUCCUUCAUGGCGACAGACUGGGUUCGACUGCAAGUCAUCUGGUCAAAGGAAGACUCCAAGAAUGGUCCUGACGAGUUUAAUUUGAAGGGCCGACUCAUCUCACGCCAAGGAUCUGGCCGACAGGUUGGCGAGUACUUGGAUAUUUCCCUCGUUAAAGGCUGGCUUGAUCAGUGCGAGAAGAAGCAUGGAGAUAAGUGUUGCAACCCGGCCUGGCUUGCUGGAAGCGAUGACGGUUGGCUUGAGCCGUUCAGAGCCAUCGACGUUGAAGAGCGGCGGGUUGUGAACCUGCCUGCUGAAAGCCGCUACAUUGCUCUCAGUUACGUUUGGGGAGCUACCAGUCAGACGCCGGAAGAAAGGGCCCAAAGACGCCUCACAUCUGAUAACUUUUCUCGACUUACUCAAGCCAAUGGUCUUGACGAGCUGUAUCUCCCCAAAACGGUGGAAGACGCCAUAGGGCUCACUUCCAUGAUGGGAGAGCGAUAUCUCUGGGUUGAUGCGCUCUGCAUCAUUCAGGAUGAUAUCAAGGACCUGAGCCAUCAAACGGCACGGAUGGAUCUAGUAUACUCGCGAGCUCUCUUCACAAUCAUUGCUGCUUGCGGAGACGAUUCAGAAUCCGGACUUUCCGGUCUUCCAGGUCGAGGACGCGACAUUUUUAAACGUUCAGCCCGUCUAACUCCGGAAGGAUUCCAUCUUGCGACCACUGCUGGCUUGUACGUCAAUGCUCCUCUCGAGAGAUCCACUUGGAUCACUCGUGGGUGGACGUUUCAGGAACGUAUCUUGUCGAGGCGGAUCAUGGUGUUUACCCCUUACCAGGUCUUUUGGAUCUGCGAAGAUGCCAUGUGGGAUGAAGAGGUGAUACUCGAAGGUCCAAAGCCUCAAGCACGAGUUCUAUCUCUCGCUUUUGGGUGCAACGACGAGUGGGAUGAUGGAGAUCCCAAGUUCUCCAGAGAGGCGCUGGCCACGUACACGUUACAGUUUAGUCUCCGCGAUUUCACCUUCUCUGCUGAUGUGCUGCCUGCCUUUUUGGGCGUUAUACGUCGCUACGAGCACUUGAAUAAGGAAAGGAUACACUGGGGUAUCCCAACAGGGCUUUUUGAUCAAGCCAUUACAUGGAAGUCUGGGACGUCGAGUCGUCGAGAGGAGAUGCAUCGAGUCGUGUGUGGCGAUGGAGAGGUUCGGGAGGUGAAGUACCCCAGCUGGUCAUGGCUUGGCUGGAAGGGGCUCAUCGGCCCAAUUCUGCAUAAUCAUGCGCUCUGGGGAAAGACGGCUAAGAGAGAAACGGGUGCGGAGUUGGUAUUUUAUAGGCUGCUGAGUGAUGGCGAAGUUCGGCUUGUUGAGGGGCAGGGGCAGGUUGGUGAUUCUGGUUUGAAGUGGAAGGGAGAGAGUGUGGUCAAGGGGCCCAUUGCUACUGACGACUUGAUCAUCUCCAAGAUGGAGAGUAUUGGGAUCUCCGAGGCAGAGAGACAGACCACGCCGGCUUAUGACAUCGGACGUCUUGUUUUCUGGACAAGCCAUGCAGUUGCAAAAGCCAAACUUGGGGAAAAUAAGCUCUUGCUACACGUACAGGAUCAUGUACUUGAGCUAAAGGCAGAUUUCAGUCAGAGCUUUCAAGAUGAUUCCCGCUGUGAGGAUGAUGGGUCAAGUUUGAAAUCAGCUGAGACGCAGACUGUGGAUUUGAUCUUUAUAUCUAGGUGGUAUGAGAUUGCCAAGGCUGAGGAGACAGGGAAGUUGAAUGUGUUACUUAUCGAGGAAAGCGUCCCUGGUUCUGGCAUUUGGAGUCGGGUUGGGGUGGCUGUUAUUGAGGAAACGGAUUGGAUCAGCUUACAGCCAGAGGAGGCCGACCACUUUCACAUACUGUCAACGCCAAAUUCAUUGUUGUGCGGGGUUCAGCGGCUAAUCGUGCCAUUUGAUUUGCCCAUCUGUCAUCGCGUCUCUCGGCCUUCAGGGAUGAAACAAGAGGACGAGGCUCAGAAUUUACGCGAUAACCGCAAACCUCAAGACUCAAACACUAUGGAUCCCAGAAGGGAUCAAUACGACGCCGAGAUGGAGACUCCAACAAGUGCUGCCUCCGUCUUAACACCUCCAUCAACCACCGUCGCGGCCGAUGACCCCCGCUACAUCCGCAGCUACCAGGUUCCCUGGCCUGGCAACACGUACAUGAUCAUAGAAAAGGGCACCGACCGUGCAAUCACCCUCACGAGCACCGGCCUCUACCUUCAAGACAUUGAAAAAGACCCCAAUGCCAACAAUCACUGGCUAUGCGUCGAUAGCCACAACUACAUUGGAUUUUUCAACACAAAGACCACGGUGUACAUGGGGCACGACGGCGCCAACGGCAUGAUUGCAUCUGCUAGGGUUCAAAAUGACUGGGAGUUGAUGGUGCCGCGGCAUCACCCUGAUGGUGGCUAUCAACUGUUGAUGCCGUACUGGUCUAGUGAGAUGAUGAUGGUUACGGCCGAGGAAGAUGGGGGAAGUGUGCUGAGGACCAAGCAUGGAACGACUUUGUGGCAAUUUGUCCAAGUCUAG